AGGCCCCAUGUGAUAGUGUAUCAUUCAAGAGCAAGAUAACACUCUUUAAAAGGAGAAAUCAAAAGAGAAUAGAAUACUACUGGAAGGAUGUGUGGAAGAAAAGCAAAAACCUCCGGAGGCAAUCAAAAAAGCGAGACACAAGAAACAGAUAGCAAAGCUACAACCACGGCUUCCUCCGAAGUGGAUUGCAGCGUCUACAAUUUCAAUGCAACUGGAUGUAACAUUGAACUUGCUGGUGAAUUGUUGAUAAUAAUGGAGAAUAACAGUUCAAAGAACGGUGUCAAUCUUCUAUGGAGGAACGGAUUGUACUGUUUUUGUAAACAAUUAUAUUCAUAUCUCAACGGAACCAACAUAACAGCAGAAAUUCUGACUGGCAGCAAUAAAUACAAAAACUGUUCCUCUAUUGCAAACAGUCAUGAAAGUGUCAAUGAAACUUUUCUUCAAAAAGAAUUAAAAUCUUUGAAUUCAAAAUACCAACCUAUAGAUGGAGAAGCAGGCAUGGCGUUGAUUUUAUCAGACACACCUGAUAUGUUCAAUUCUUUAGGUGAUUUGCCAGAUGAGGAACAAGAACCUUUUAUAUAUUUCGUAAGUGUUGGAAAAGGAACGAAAACCAGUCCUAAUAAUUCUUGUCAUCGGCAGUAUAGAGCUGUAAAUGAUACAUCCGACAUUUCAAAUAUUGGAUUGGAAUUGGAGAGGCAUGCGUGUAAUCCUUUGGGCUAUAUGAAGAAUAAUAGCUGUCUAAGAUCAACCUCGCACACACCUGCGAUACCUACGACAGCCUCUCAAGUUAAAAUGCCUGUUGUCGUCGUUAGUGUUAUUGGGGCCCUGAUGCUGGCUGUAGUUAUCGUUCUUUGCCUCAUUUUUGCACCAAAAUGCAGAAGGAAAGGAAAAUCAAGAAAGGACACUUUUGUGGAGUUUUCGGCUGUAGACAGCGGGUUUGGAGGAUUAACUGUGUAUUCGGAAGCAAAACCGUUUCCACAAUCUUCUUCAAGAGAUUCUCAGAAUAUCUACAAUGCCCUUUGGGAAAAGGAGAAGAUUAAGAAAAACAAAGAGAAUGAUGAAAAUUAUCAUGAUCUAGACAUGAACUUUGUUGAAGGUAACGAUGAUACGUCUCUUUAUGACCACAUGAAGAAAGAGGAAGACUUAGAUGACGUAUUUGAAGCACCUAGCUAGGAAAUCGCCUUGCAAAUGAUUGCAAGAAUUUUAUAAAAACCUACUUUAUACAAACGAAAUUAUCUUACUGUUGGAUGUGAUUAUAUAUAUAAAAAAAAAUAAUUUAUACGUUAGAUGUAUUGGCUGUCUGUAUAUUUGUGGCACA